AAUCAUGUCGGUUGUCUAUGAUGGUCAUUAAUCCUUCUGCUUCCAGCUUUGUUCCGAUCCUUGCUUCCGUUGGUUCUUGCAUUUUCUUUCUUCUUCUUUGCCAUUUUUAUGUUUUGACGGAGGGGAAUCCUUCAAAAUCCGCUAUUAUGGCUCCAAUUGCUCGGGAUAUUGUUGAGAUGGGGGUGGAUCCCAUUGUCAUAGUGAGCCUUUCUUCUUCCGAAUCUAAGUGUUUUGACAUUUUCCAUUUUCCUAGCUGGAGCGCUGCAUCUAAGAACAACACCACCUUCAUCGCCUCAAUCCUUCUAUCUCCGGCUCCUCCAAACCCUCCCCCAAUUCCAACUACCAAGAUUGUGAAAGGAGGUGAGACAGGGAACGCUGCUCGGAAUGCUACAAUUGCCAACAUGAGGAGGAAGCCAAAGAGCAGUAAGGAUUGGGCAGCUUUUGAGGAUGCAGAGGAUUCUGUUAUAGCUAUUCAUAGUUGGAGUAGUUUUGUGAAUGCGGAGGUUGUCAAGGUUUAUGAUGCUGGUUCUCAUUAUCCAUCUGUUUUUCGCAAGUCAUUGGUACUUUGGAUUCCCGCUGCUUGCAUGCUAAGGUUGAUCUUAUUUAGAUACGAGGGAAGAGAAAAGGUAUGAUAAACCUGUGUUGUCAGUUUAAGAAUGUUAUGAUUUAUUAAAAAAGAAGAAAGAACUUAUCUCUUUUGUUGCUUUUGUCUUGAAUCGUCCAAUUCUGCUUAUCAACAAUUGAAUGAGCUAGCUUCAAAGAUUUUGCUUUAAAAAGCUCUGUUUCUAACUUGAGUUUUGGUUUGAAAUUUGCAUUAACCUCUGUUGUGCAUCUUGCAUAGCUUUUGUCA